AUGUUACCGUCAGAGCUACAACCGUACAACAUGGGCAAGUCUUUUACCGACCUGCCUGCUGAAUUACACAUCCAGAUCUUCAAGGAGUCCAUCAAGCAGAGAUCUAUCUCGAUGCUCUACCUGAACAGGGCACUCUACCACGAACUGCUUCCCGAACUAUAUGACUUUCAUGUAUUCAAAAUCACCAUCGACCCCAGCGCUGCGGACUUCCGGGUUGCGUUGUUCGAUGGUACUGAACAUUUCCUACCAGCCCACUCCGACCAUAUUCGCGAGCCAUCCUGCCUAGUUGGCAAGAAAAUCCCCUUCGAAAAUCUCAAAGAGAUCCAAAUCGACAUUCUCCCACCUGAUCAUCGAGAGCCAGCACAACUAAUCUGCGCCUGGAUGCAAAUCACACGACUGCUUGCGUGGCUGCUUCCACAGGCCGAGGCGGCGUCGCGACCCCUGUGCGAGUCUCAGAUCAAGCCAGCCACAAACAACACGGGACUACGACUGCCACAUGUACACGUCGCAUUCCUUGAGCAGGAAGGCCGCCAAUGGCAAAAGUCCAUAGCUGUUAAUGCAGGUCAACCCGAGAUGAUCGACCUCAACGUCCUAUUAUCGGCUUUUAGGAGAAUACGAUAUGCGCAAAGAUUUUCGGUAACGAUUCCCAACGCUUGCAAAACAGACCAUCUUUCGCAGUACUGCUCGGACACCGAGCGUUUAGUAACCAGACAAUCGCCUUUUGGAUCCCAGCCAGGUGACAGCAGAAUACAGAGCAUCGAGGACUACUUGCACACAACCCUGGAUUGCAUCCUCGACGACCUCCCCGGAACCUCCGCUGCUCAACUUCGACUCGAACGCUUUGCGAGCUGGUGCUCGCAUUACGAAGACUGCCACUUACGCCGAAUCUCCGGCUACCCGUAUGGCAAUCGACCUGGUCAAUUUGGAGGCAUCCAGAAUGCGGUAACGCGUCGUGAGCGUGAUCGAGCGUUCAAGGACAGACUGGACGGUUUCGUGAUGUACUCAUUGGCCGUGUCUAAAGCUCGCAGGCCGCUGCCUUGGCAUGAGCAAUGGGCGGCCGUGCUCCCCAGGGGGAUUCCGCCCAAAUCAUCCGACGAGUAUCUGGAUAUGUUACACUCAGAAGAUGGGGUCAGCGCCAUGCUUGCAGGGCUCAUGGGGCGUGCAGUCGACCUUGAUUCUCGACUUCGAUUCAGAUAUCCGUGCUGCCAGGAAACGGCUUCUGUGGCACGUCCGCCUUGA